AGACUCUGUCCAGACCGUGAGGGACGCGGUGGCGGACAGAUGGCAGGUGCCCGCUGUCUGCCAGCAGCUGGCGCUGGGCCCGCGCGUGCUGCGGGCAGGCGAGCGGCUGCACGACCUCUCCGGCGGCACGGCGGGCGACCCCGGCGAGGAGCUCACGCUCACCAUGGCGGUCUCCUGCGAGCGGGUCCUGGCCGAGCUGGUCGCCGAGGGCGUGGCCCCCGAGCGCCAGGCCGAGGCGCUGGCCGCGCUGGGGCAGCUGGGCCGGCGGGCCGGCCAGGCGGUCGACCGGGUGAUCGCGUGCACGUCGUCGGAGGACCGGGCCCUCAAGCUGGGGGCGGUGGCCGCCCUGGGCGAGGUGGCGGGCCCCGCCGACCCGCGCGCGGUGGCGGCGCUGGGCUCCCGCCUGGAGGACUCGAGCGCGGCCGUGCGGCUCGCCGCAGCGGCGGCGCUCGCCAAG